AUGUCUGUUGAUACUGCUUCCAUUGCAGCCUUAAUCCUUCUCGCUUUUCUGUCUAUCAUCGUUUGUAUUUCUAACGCCUUCACCGUGUUUGUUUUCUGGGUCCAUAAAAGUAAAUUGAAACGAACAAACUUUCUUGUUAUUAACUUGGCUUUGGCGGAUCUCCUUAUUGGACUCACAGAUACUGUAGAGGUCGGAGCAUUUGCUCUUCCAAGACAUAUCGGCUCAAACGAAACUAUUACCGAGAUGAAAGGUAGCAUUGUAGCCCCUUUUGUAGCCUCUUUCUCGUGUGCAUCUGUGUUUCUUCUUGUGCUGAUUUCCCUGGAACGAGCCUUUGCUUUGAUUUGGCCGCUUCGACAUCGUGUAACAAGCAGAGAGGUCUACACCUAUAGCGUUGUUAUAGCGUGGCUAGCUGGGAUAACUAUAGGUGUAUUCAGUUUCCUUGCUGUAGUUAAAAAAUACCAAGUGAAGUAUUUUGCAGUUGCUGCUACAAUCAUCAUUGGUUUCUCCUUGAUUACGAUUUGUGUGUCUUACCUGUCCAUCAGGAAAAAAAUCAACAACAGAACUCCUGCUAUCGUCACAGAGCAUAGCAGAAUAAGCAUCGAACAAAAUACAAAACUUUCCAAGACUCUUUUUAUCACGAUCGGUGCAUCUGCUGCUUUGUGGGUUCCUAGCGUUACAUGGUACAAUAUCAGUCUAUGGUUUCCAAGCCUGUUUCCUCAUUUUGUUGCUCACCUUUCCACAAUGGUACAUUUGACUAAUUCUCUUGUUAAUCCAGUCAUUUAUAGUUUAAAAAUACCAAUAUUCAGGAGAAGCUAUGAACAAUUGAGAGACAAGAUAAAACUUGUCAAGCGAGCGAAAACGUACACGGUAAAUUAAUUAGAGCCAGAGUAUUAGAGCCAAAAAAAAAUUAAAGGUUUGUUUAUAGUGGAAAGUGCACUUAGCUUAUCCAGCUAGUUUAUAGGCGCUCCACUCAAACAAUUCUGGAACAAAUGAUGCAAAUAGAACAUAACAGGAAUAGAGACCUUUAGAUUCGAAGACCAGGACGGCUACGAGUACGAGAUUGUACUUAAAGUUUUUUCGCGUCUUCACAAAAUGUAGACUUCCCGGAAAGCUUCAUUUUACCAUUUUUCACGAGAAAAGUUAGCAUUGUUAUUUUUAGUGAAGCAGGUUACGCGCUCUCUCGAUCGCAAAAUGAUACAACUUUUAAAUUGGAUAUCUUAUUUUCGCCACCUCAACAUUUGCGCGAAAACUCGUAGUACAAUGACGACGGCUACCACGUUUUCCCGCCAAAAUGACGCUGGUUCACGCGCGUACACUACUUAGUAUUGAGAAAAUCUCGUACUCGUGGUCGUACUCGUCUUAGAAUCUAAAGCUCUCUACUAAAAACCCCAACUGGCGGGAGGCUGCACCAAUUGGCUAUUUACAAGUGUGACCGAGGAUUUCAACUCCGGACGACCGAGAUAUCUUUGUUAGUUACUACUCAAACUUGGAAGCCAUGAAAAGUCCAAUCGCGUAACCCUAAGCCAGUCAGAAUUGAUAAGCAUAGAUUAUUUAAAGAAAAAACCAGAGCGGUGCGUUUGUAAUAUUUCUCUGUAAUUUCAUUUUGUUACCAUCAACUUAGGCCAGGUUAAGCAAACGAGGAAAUUAUUUUCCUCUUCUUAUAAAUGAUUGAAGAAAUAUUUUAUGUAAACCAUCAAUUGAUAAAACCUGGGAUUUGUGGAUGUAGGAUGGUAGAAUGUUAGCCCAUAUUUAUAAAAACAGAAAAGAAAAACAGUUCAAAUUUUCCCUCGAUGUUUUGUGUUUUAUUAUGAUUAGUCAGUAAUUUUGUUGUUCUUGUUCUCGCUUGUGUUUUUUUUCUUCUUCUUUUUUUUUUCGUGUUAAAUUAUAGCACUACACAUCUUUUCUUUGACUCCUUUUAAAGACAAGAAUUUUGCGGUGGCGCACGCAAAUUUAAUGGAAUCCAACAGGAAAUUGAGUAAUUUCAACUUUGAGUGGACAAAAACCUUGAACCGGAAUGAUUUAAACAAUAUCGCAUUCUUUUUUUACUUUUUUCAAGGGCUGUAGAUAUAAUUCUUAUCUAUAAUAACACCGACUAUUCCUAAUGGGAGCCCGAGAAAAUAAAUGUCCAAUUUCACAAGAAUUGUAAAAAAGAGAGGUAAAAUUCUGAAAAUUUCAUGUGUAAGAUGUCAUUUUGUGAAAUCUGAUAUUCGUUAAAUUUUCUCGGGCUCCCAUUGGAAAUUUUCUUCGGUGUUAUUACAGAAACCUAAUUACAUUCUGUAGCCCUUGAAAAGUGUAAAAAAGAAUGCGAUAUUGUUUUAAUUAUUCUGGUACAAGGUUUGUGUCCACUGAAAAUUAAAAUCACUCAAUUUCCUGAUUGAUUCCUUGUUAAUAAUUUAUUAUUUCAACCUUAUUUUAGCUUCACCUGUCCAGUAUUGAAAUGAUAAUUUUCUUACAUUUGAUCGUUUCCUACUGUAAACAUUGUACAUAUCUGAUGUUAGCUGUUUUAUUUUUUGUUUAUUUUCUUCUAUAGAUAAUAGAUUUCCUUAAUUUACACUCAACCCCACAGGCUUGUUAGCUUUUAUCGUCCGUGUCAAAAUAAAGACCUUCAGUUCUUCAUCAUCAUCUUGUUCUUCUUCCUUUUGUGUUGAAGUGAGAUAUGUGAAUCAGUCUCUCAAAUUAAAUUGACUUGGUGUUAAAUAAUUCAUUAUCUUUCAUGAAGCUCUUUUGGUACAUUGUGUUAAUAUGAAGGGCCUUUUCAAGCCAAGGUAGUUCAGGUAACGUUAUCAAACCGGUAGGCUCUCAUGCGGAUUAUAAUCUUCUCCGAAAAAAGAAACUCAGACAUGUAACUUUAUCUCUGUCGUUACGACAAAUGAUAUGGCAGCCAUUGUAGUUUUGUGCCUUCUUGGUCUUCUAUCCGUCUUUGUUUUUAUUUCUAACACUUUCACUGUGUUUGUUUUCUGGGUUCAUCGAAAGAAACUAACGCGAACAAGCUUUCUCGUUAUCAACCUGGCUGUGGCGGACCUCUUUACUGGGCUCACCGAAAUAAUAGAGGUCGCUGGUGGGUGGACUUUAGCAGAUCAAAUCGACUCAAACAAAACAAUCCAAGGAGUCAAUGAAAGCGUUCCACCUUCUUUUCAAAUCUUAUCCUCGUCCGCAUCUGUAUUUUUUCUCGUUCUGAUUUCUCUGGAACGAGCCUUUGCCUUGAUCUGGCCGCUUCGUCAUCGCGUAACAAGCACCAAGGUUUACAUUUACAGUGUGGUUAUCGCAUGGUUAGCUGGGAUAGCUAUGGGUGUAAGCAGUUUUAUUGCUUUCCUUGGAAUCUAUAAUUUAACGUAUUUCGCGGUUGGUGCGGCGGUCAUCAUCGGUUUCUCCUUGAUUACGAUUUGUGUGUCUUACCUGUCUAUCAGGAAAAGAAUUAGCAACAGAGCUCCUGCUUUCGACAAAGCACACAGCAGAAUAAGUGUUGAACAAAAUACAAAACUCUCCAAGACUCUUUUCCUCGUGAUAGGAGCAUCUGUUGCCUUAUGGGUUCCUAGCCUGACAUGGUACAAUAUCAGUGUUUGGUUUCCACGUCUGUUUCCUCAUUUUGUGAUUCACAUUUUCACAAUGCCACUUAUUACCAAUUCCCUUGUCAAUCCAAUAAUUUAUAGCUUAAGAAUACCAGUAUUCAAAAAAACCAUACAACAAGUGAGAAAUAAGCUUAAAGUUGUUAAGCGAUCAAAGAGUUAUACAUUUAGUUAA